AAGGGUCAGGCUGACAUAUAAGUCUGAAGACUCAGGCCUGGCUGUGGGGCUCAGGAAGCAGAGUCUGGGGGCGUCUCCACCAUGGACUGGGCUGCACUUCUCCUCAGUGUCCUGGCUCACUGCACAGGGUCUUGGGCCCAGUUUGUGCUGACUCAGCCUGGCUCUGUGUCUGGGUCUCUAGGGCAGAAGGCCACCAUCUCCUGCACCCGCAGCAGCGGCAACAUUGGGAGCAGCUAUGUGUACUGGUACCAACAGCGCCCAGGCAGGGGCCCCACCACUGUGAUCUAUGAUGAUAGCAACAGACCCUCUGGGGUUCCAGAUCGGUUCUCUGGCUCCAUAGACAGAUCCUCCAACACUGCCUCCCUGACCAUCUCGGGGCUGCAGCCUGAGGACGAGGCCGACUACUACUGUCAGUCUUACUACUCUAGUGGUGGUGUCUACAAUCACACAGUGCUGCAGACUCAGGGGGAAGUGAGACCAAAACCCCCAGAGCUUCCCCUCUGGGUCUGCACUCAGCCUGUCCCCACCAAGCAGGUGCCCUCUUCUGUCUCCUACUGGAAAGUCUGUGUAGAGAUUGCAGCAACAGCCAGACUCACCUGCACGCUCAGCAGUGGCUUCAAUGUUGGCAGCUACUACAUAAACUGGUUCCAGCAGAAUCCAGGGAGCCCUCCCCGGUAUCUCCUGGAGUAUAAAUCAGACUCAGAGAAGCACCAGGGCUCCGGGGUCCCCAGCCGCUUCUCUGGAUCCAAAGAUGCCUCGGCCAAUGCAGGACUCCUGUUCAUCUCGGGGCUGCAGCCUGAGGACGAGGCCGACUAUUACUGUGCUACAAAUCAUUGGAGUGGGAGCAGCUACAGUGACUCACAGUGGCUCACAUGCUGA